AUGGCGUUUCAUGCGGUUGCCAAAAGACUCAUCGCCAACUGCACAGCGAUAUGGCGUAUUAUACGAGCUUUUCCAGCAACACUGCUUUGGCCAUUGUUCGUGCUUGGAUUGGUGCUGGGCCUGGGUACAUGGGGAGUGACGCGAAUCGGCCGGGUCGAGGAGAACAGCGCCAAGAGCCGGGCUUCCAGCCUUGCCCUGGACACCAGCAUUUGGUUCAGUCAGCAGCUAUCGGUCGCUAUUGCACCCGUGCAACUGAUGGCUGCCAUAGUGCAGUACAACCCGCAGUACAAUGUCGUACAAAGCGUCUUUGCGGGCCUUGCGCCAGUUCUGAUGGAGCAGGUUCCUCUUCGCACCAUCAAACAGUUAGAAUACGUCCCCGGCGGUGUCAUUGCGGACAUUUAUCCCCUCGAAGGGAACAAUGGCGGCGCUGCGGGCGUUGACCUAUUCAAUUGUGAGCCUGAUAGGUAA